GUCAAAUCAAUAGGUGGGUGGUACAUAUGUAUCUGUGUGGCUAUGCGUGCGUGCGUUAUGUAUAUAUGUGUGUAUAUGUAUGUGUGUAUGUAUGCAUGUAUGUGUGUGUGUGUAUAUAUGUAUGUAUGUAUAUAUAUAUGUAUGUAUGUAUGCAUGUGUGUGUGUGUGUGUGUGGGUGUGUACGUGUGCGCGUGUGUGGUGCUUGUAUAUGUUUGUAGAACGAUUGGUUGCAAUGGGGAGAAAGUCGCGGUUGCUAUAACACGGAGUGAAGUUAAUGUGACGUGGCAGAACACAGGAUGCUGUCAUGGGUGGCGCAUAUGAGGCAUAAUAUCGAUUUGGACACGACUAUAUUUCCUACUGAAAUUGACGGAAAUUUUCUUUUAUUGACGUGAUAUAAACAUUUACAAUUCCUGAGAUAUCAUUUUUGAUUGAGGAUGUCCCUUUAUAUUUUACACCCACAAACUGUAACGACGCCCAGUUAUUUACCAUCACUUAUUAAAGCGCGAAACGUAUCAACACCAAUCUUACCGCGUUAUUGCACCGCACGGUCUCUUAGCACGGUAGAGCGACAGCCAGUUCGUGCGAUUAUUCCGGUGGAAAAUAUGCAACGAUCAGAAAAAACUACUAUACUUCAGCAACCCAUUGAGGAGUUACUUGGUCUGGGAGCUCGAGGGGAACACCCAGUUCGAAAGCGUGAACGUUUAAAUCAUUUGACAGCGGAAGAGAAACAAAAUCGACGUAAGUUGAAGAAUCGUGUGGCUGCGCAGACGGCACGUGAUCGUAAAAAAUAUCGUGCAAACAAACUCGAAGAAGCCGUUCGAAUGCUUAUCCUAGAAAAUGGUAAAUUGCGCGAAGAAAAUAAGUGUUUAAAAAAAACAUGUGAAGAACUGAAGGAUCAAAAUAUUGAGUUGCAAGAUUUGUUGAAUAACAAUCGGGAACAUGAGAAAACAUGCUCAGAAACGGAAGUAAAUAGUAGUAUGCCAUCAUCGUCCCUUGGAUCUGCCGAAUCCAUUCGCGGGCCCCAGCAGAGGGAACAGGCGAUGAUGCGUCCAUUGUUGAUUUUAAUGCUAUUAUGUCUAGCGAUGAAAUGCAAAAAAUCAUCGGGGAAAUCUGCGCAAUUGAUGGAACUGAUCCGACGUUACAAGAUGUUGAUGGCACGGCACUUGAGUUCGAACGAUUCUGUUCAAAGAUACUUAGCGAAAUUGAUAACACUACUGGGAUGUCGGAUACCGCUGAAUCAAAACCUCCGAAAAACUGCAAAAUACGUCGGAUGGAUUGCACAACACCAGAUAUCAUUAUAGCACCGGAAUAUUUAAAGUCGAACGGAGUGCUCCAAACAUCGAUUUCUAAUUGUUCAGCGACUGCAAUUAAUGGUGCAGUGGAACAUACAGAAUCAUCUUCCCGUGCUAAUUUUGAUUUGGAAACUAAUCAUGGAUUAAAAUGUGAACAAUCACCCGACUAUUCAUCAUUUCGUGCAUUGAAAUCCCCCGAUGUAUCAAGGGGCUUCAGUUCAUCUCCUUCAUUUAUUUUUUUUGAUGAUAUAAAAGAGGAAAACAGUGGCACUUCUUCACCUCUUAUUACUGAUAAUGAUCCAAUGUUUUGUGUCCCGCAUAAAUGGGAUAUCGACGACGAUUAUAUAUAAAGUCACCACAACGCAUUCUGUGUUACUACUUUAAAAUAUUCAUUAGAUUGGUUUAUAUCUUGCCUAUUGUGAUAUUUUUGUCCAUUAGACUGAGCAAAAUAUUCGGUGAUUAUUCACUUCACUCCUAUCAGUUCAAGUAUGGUAAGGGAACUUUUACAUUUUGUAUGUUAUUUUCGUAAUUUGUCAGUUUGUUUAAUGCACCUUUUUGUUUCUGCUGUUGAAAAGAAAGAUUAUAUACGGAG